GAUUCACAUCUCAUUUAUAAACUGGAAAUUUGCAAAUUUACUGUUUUGUUUAGUGUAUAUUAUAAUAUACUUACGUAAAAUACAUUUUUUAUCGAUAUAAAAGAAGUGUAAAAUUAGUAACAAUGUCGGCCGAUGUGGCAGAAGCUGUGCAAAACUUAGAAUUACCUCCAUUGCGUACAUUAAAUGACUUCAUUUUAGGCUCUGCCCGUUUUCAGUUGCCUAAUCUGAAGGAUUUCGAUAAAUGGGGUAAUCGCGUUGUAAAGAAUCUUCUGUAUUAUCAGACAAAUUACUUUUUGAUAUUUCUAUCGAAUUACGCUCUGAUGAUAUUAUUCAAUCCGUUAAAAAUUUUAUGCGGCCUUCUUGUCCAAGCAAUGGUUAUAGCAAUUAUUUUGCAUUUCUUUAGUGGUAAACAAAGAAUUGUUGGUGUUAAACUACAUAAUCCAAAUCAAAAAUGGUACUUCUUAGCCGGUUCGCUGUUAAUGGGUUACAUGUUGCUGCAUUGGUUCGACGCGGUAUUAUUGACGAGCUUUACAUUGUUGUUACCCUUUUCGUUAACAUUUGUACAUGCUUCGUUACGUUUAAGAAAUUUAAAAAAUAAAGUCACCAACACCAUGGUUAUUUUAAAUCCAUCUACUCCAAUGGGGAUGUUCUUAGACGCUUUCAAUAUUGCAGCCGAUAGUAUACUCAACUAAAUUGUUUAAUAAUGAAUUUCACCACAAAAUAACUGAACUAAGACAUGUUUUUGUAAUAUUUAAUUUAAUUUCAUUCAGUUUAAAAUAUGUUUAUAAUGCAGUACGAAUCAAGUUUGAUACUGUACACAAUUUCUUUGUACUAUACUAUGUACAUUUAAAAAACUUGAAACAGCUUUCUUUUGUAGUAUAUCUUUAAUGUCUCAUUGUAUAAAAACUUAUUUAAUAUUGGUGGAUACGCGUAUUAAAUGAAUUAAUUACAGCGAAUAAUACACAAUUGUUUAGAAAUAUGAUUUUUUUUUACAAAAUAUAUAAUAUAAGAUGUUAUUGUAAUAAUAUUUUUAAUAUAAGAUGUUAUUGUAAUAAUAUUUUUUUUUCAGUAUAAAACACAAACUAUAUCAUCUAAGAGUUUUUGUAAUUAUUAAUAUUUUCUUUCAAUUCAAAAUAUUCAUGUAAUGAAAUAUACAUAAUUCAAGUUUAACACUGUGAAUGAUGCCAAAAACACUAACAGGUUUCUUAAUAUUAUUUAGAUUUUGUAAAAAAUCUUUAUUACUUCUUCAUUGUAAAAACAAUUAUAAACACAAAAAGUGUUUCCUUAUGUAUUUACAUCAAAAGAACCUUCUUUUCUAACAAAAUUUUAUUGUUUCUUUAUUGUAUAAAAAAUGACUUAAUUUUGUUGUAUUUAAAAAGUUUUUUUUAAUUUUUUGUAUUUUUGGUAAUAACACUACUGUUGAGCUUUGGGUAAAAUAAACAAAUGUAAUGUUUUGUUUAUGAAUGAAUUAUUAAAUUUGAUUGUUACGUAAAAAUAUUAAUACACAACUAAUUGUUUAAAAAUAAUUUUUAACUCUAAAUAUCUAAACUAAGAAUUUUUUCUAAUACAUAUUAAACAUAAUAUAUUUAUUUUCUUUGAAUUUCAAUUAAAUAUGUAUAUAAUAAAAUAUGGAAUUUAAAAAAUUUUACUUGUUGCAAAAACACUUCUGAGAUGUGUUUCAAAAAACACAUGUAAACAACACAACACAAUUUUUUGUAAUAAUAGCUUUUUUGUUUUUCUUUGUACAAACAAUUUAAUAAAAAUGUUAUUUUUGAUUAAAUUA